GAGGGCGCAAGAAGCGGCGCGGGGAUUGGCGGCAGCCGGAUGUUCAAACUAGGAUGGGGCGCCUCUAUUGGCUCGUGGCCGCCGUGGCAGGCCGUGCUCGCUUGCGCUCGGCAGGGUUAUUGUCUGGCGGUUUCGGCGCGGACGCGGGGCCGGAGCUCGGGCGGCGGCAGCAUGGCUGGUGGUAAGGCAGGGAAGGACAGCGGGAAGGCCAAGGCGAAGGCUGUGUCGCGCUCACAGAGAGCUGGGCUGCAGUUCCCUGUGGGUCGGAUCCACAGACACUUGAAGACUCGCACCACCAGCCACGGGCGAGUGGGUGCCACCGCUGCUGUCUACAGCGCAGCCAUCCUCGAGUACCUCACUGCUGAGGUAGGUCCCUGCGCUCGCCUUCCUCUGUCAAAAAAAAAAAAAAUAAAUAAAAAAAAAAAAUUCAUUUCCUUCGGGAUCCCGAGCGUCUUCCCGAUUUCUUGGCAGGUGCUGGAGCUGGCGGGCAACGCUUCGAAGGAUCUCAAAGUCAAGCGGAUCACUCCCCGUCACUUGCAGCUGGCGAUCCGCGGCGAUGAAGAGUUGGAUUCCCUGAUCAAAGCCACCAUUGCCGGUGGAGGUGUCAUCCCCCACAUCCACAAGUCUCUGAUCGGAAAGAAGGGACAACAAAAAACAGCGUAGAGAGGAAAAAAACAAACAAAAACAAACGACAACAAAACAAAAAAACCCCAACAAAAACAAAACAAAAAAAUGGCCCACUCCCUCCCGUCAUCGUACUGUACCUGGGACAGAAGAAAUCUUGGGGAUACAUGGAAUUUUUUUUUUAAGGAAUAGUUCAAAGGAAGAGCAUAGACUAUUGACUGUAGAGAGGAGGAAACAUUGGUAUGGGCUUUAGAUUCAAAGUUUGACACAAAGUUGUACCUUGUCAGGAGGCAGUAGCUGGGGUGGUGGUCGAGGGGCCCGGCUGCUCCCCUGGGUUUUAUACAAAAAUGGAACGGAUAAACCAUUUUUUACAAAAAAAACAAAAAAAAAAAAACCCAAAACAAA